UCAUCAAAAGACAAAGAUCUGACCAAUUGGAUUGCGUGCAGUCCACAGUACUUCACUUCUUCUCCUUCUAUCUGUACUCCACUCUCCACCUCUUCUUCUUCUUCAAACCCAACAGAGAGAUCCAACAAACCACUUUCCUCUUUGUUUCUUCACUAUCUCUGCUCCACACAACACAGUAACAGAGACCCAGAUGGCUAUCAACCGAGACUCCACCCCCCCACCUAAGAUCGGCAAGAUUGGGCCCUACACUGUCUUCAUGACUCCACCCUCCACUCCUAAACCGCUCGAAGAAGAACAACAACACCAGCAGCAACCCGUGUUUGAUUCACCCAAGAAAGUUGUCCUGCCUCCGGUGCAGCCGCCGCCUCAGCAGUUUGUGAAGCCGGUCACCGGCGAUGGUUCUGUUGUUGGGUUUUUCAAGAAUGCUGUCACUAAAGUGCAGAAUGCACAUUCGAGUUUGGAUGAUCACUUGGCGCGCUGGUUCGGGUUGAACCAGUCAAAAUAUCAGUGGGCACUUGAUGAUUAUUAUGAGAACAAGGGAUUGGAAAAGGGCAGUGCUAAAGCACAAGAGGUAUCUAGCAAAAUGCAGAGUGUAUGACUUUCUUUCUUCAUGGAAUUGACUCUAAUAGAGAGUUUGUGAACCCUUAGUUCGAGUAUACGGUAUUUAUAUCAUAUAUGGAGUCGCAAAAAUGCAGCUGAGUAUGUGUAGAGUACAACCAACAUAUGGCACUCCGGUUAAUGCAAUUAUCUGCCUACUGCAACAGCUGAAGUUGGUUGUCUAAAGUUUCUAAGCCAUGCAACAUUAUCUAAAUGUCUAGUUUUGUGUUCUUUUUUAUUUUAUUUAAAAGCAGUUAGCUGAUGUAUUUCAGUUUAUUGAUUUUGUACCUCCUGCUUGUUGGUGUACUUGUAUUUUCUGUUAAACCCACUCUUUGCAACAUAUAAAUUCAAGCUUUCAUUGUUUUAUCUUAUUG